AUGGAACUUUCAGGGGAGAGAGGAAUAUCGUCUCUACAUUCCAAGCUACUCUACCAGCAAACCCAAGUGUUGCUUCCUGUAGGCUCCCGUGAGUGUUAAACCUGUAGUGAUAUUUUACAACAUUGCCGGGUUUAGAGCGUAAAAAAAUGGCAGUUUCAAUUUCCUCCACUGCCAGUUUUUGUAUUUUAAAUUCAUAAUCGGAUAUACCCCCGCCCCCUAAAAUCUUUAAAUCAAGAAACGUGUUACCGAACAGUUUCAACACAUAGCUGCAAUAUUUCAAAAACGAAGAGCAUCAUGAGCAAAAACAGAAGCUAUAAGAGUUUGGCACAGAUUUUCUGAGUAAUGUUCUGCAAUCCACUAUUUUUUUUCAGAAAUCUGCAAGCAAUGCAGGAGAAAGUUGGAAGAAGCAUCACAGUUAUUAGUAUUUCCCAGCUCAGAAUCGACCACAGAAGCUUUAGGAUCUAACGUAGACAAACCGGAAGAGCGGAUAUCACAAAAUAUCGCACAGGUAGAUAGAGCUAUAUGGUAUAGCUAUGGCAUGAACACAACAGAUUAUAACCUUGUCCGAGUGGCUUUUAAUAGUUUAGUGAGGUUCAGCAAAAGGCGAGUUUUCCUCCCCUCCACUUUUGAUGACCCCAGCCUCCUUGCAUACUACUCCUUUAAUUAUAUCAUGUAUUGAUGCGAGAACACUUACAUAUCAUUGCAGUGGUGAUAUGUACGCGGUUAAAAAAGUCAUUCGCUCUACAGCGGCGACAUCGAGUUUAUAUAUUUUUCUGCGCUAACUAGUUCAUUUUCCUUUCUAACGCGUACAGAGAGAAGAUGUGGAGAGUAAAGAAGUUGAAGACAACGUUAGCCAGUCAAUUCACCACCUGACCAUAAGAGACGAAUACUCUCAUCCACAGCUUGACGAAUCAGGACACUACUCCGAGAUCGACACUAGCCUGUAUCAAACGGACUCUCAAGCGAGCAGCAGCAGCGAGAGUUCUAACGGCGAUGAUCCACAAAUUAGUAGUCAAGCAACAAGACGUUCUCUGUUGAACGAUUUCUUACGUUCAUGUAAUGCUCACACAGUCGGGUCAUACAAAAAGCGAUGGGAGGCAGCCAGCGAACGUACUAGAGCAAGCCAUGUGUCAAAGGCGAAGUCAGUUAUUGUUUCUGGCCUUAACGUUAUUGCUCCAGGAGACGCAGGCUACCUCUGGGAGGCCGUGAAAAAAUCUGGCUCAGUCAAGAAGGUACUUGGCAUCGGUGAACGACAAGAAGACCGAAAAUAUCUAAAGGCACUGGCGGAGUCUUACCAAAACGCAUCUACCUGGGAAACAAGGCGUCGGAUAUUAUCAAUCAUGGCAGACCUGAUAACGUUUAAGCGUAUCCUAAACUACAUUCCAGGGAUCACCGAAUACCGGUUCAAAAUGGCAAGACAGCACUCUCUUCAAUAUGGGCGGGGUGCCUUGCCAGCCCGGGCAAAAAGUCCUAGGAUGAGAGUAGAAAAUAAACAGUUGGAUCACUUUUUGACUUAUAUAACUAGCCCGCACGUUAUCCAGGAUCUUCCUUUUGGGCAGCGAUAUCUCCGCCUAUCUUCUGGAAAGAUAUUAGAAACCCCAAAUGUCAUUAGGGCGAUGAUCCCUAACAGGCUAGUAAAGCAGUACCAGGCUUAUUGCGAGGAGACGAAUUUCACUCCAUUCAGCCCAACAACAAUGUUAAGAGUCCUGUCUGCCUGCGGGGCGACCGUAAGGAAGUCCUUGCAAGGGCUCGAAUACAUUGCUUCGGAUGGCGCGAAAGGGUUUGAAGCUUUGUGUGGAAUAGUGGACCAACUUAAAGAGAGAGGUCUGGACAGAGAAACUGCCAAAAAAUGGGAAGUGUCUCUGAGGGAAGGCAAGCAGUAUCUGAAGGCUGAUUAUAAGGUAUCAGAUACGGUUUAAAACAUGGUUAACUGAAAGUAAACCAGAAUAUAUAACGAACUGCCACGAGACUGGCAAAAUGGCAAAAUCUGUUAACUUUGUCGUGAGGGCUUAAUUAAAUCGGGUGGGUUCUUUUCCAAACUAAUUAUACUAUUGUUGGGCAAGAGAACACCGCUCUCUAUACUGGCGACCGUCUUCGCCUUGCUAGGUGUGUACUUUAUUCUGCCAAAGAUUCAUAUUUUCUUAUUGCUUUAACCAAACUUGGCAAAAAUAUUGCGCGUACAAUAGAUGAAAGCUCAGAAACUUCAAACGGUCACUAAAUUUACUACUUUGUCUUUUUUGAAGAUUCAUGUAUCCGAGUCCUCCUCGGUUGCAGACCAUUGCAGCGGAUACGCUCUCAGCGAUAGUAAGGACGAUGAACUAAGAUCCCAAUGCUCUCAUAAUCAUGACAUUCAGUGUUCACAGUGUGAAAGUCUCAGUAAUGUUCUUUUUUCAAUUAAAACAUUCUUGACUGAGUCAACGUUUGUAGCUGAAGAACUAGAAGACGUCUUGUACACGCAUAGUCAUGCAGUCCAGGCAAUCCACUCCUGGAAAGCACAUCAACUCAGGUGUGUCAGGCAAGAUACAGCAAGGACGGCGUGCUUGAGCGCUUUAGAUGAGACCUCUGUACUCAUAACACAAGAUUGGGCUAUGAAGUUUUUACCGCUCAAAUAUAGAGAAAACCAAUCAGAUUGGUACGGGAAACGAGGAAUAUCGUGGCAUAUAAGUGUCAUCGCAAGAAAAAUGAGAGGGCUUUUAGAAAGUCAGUCCUUCGUCCACAUAGUUGAGAAUACAUCACAAGACAGCUCAGUUGUAGUGCGAAUUAUUGAGCACACCUUAAGGUCGCUGAAAGAGGAGAAUCCUAGAAUCAACAGAGCAUUUCUACGGCAAGAUAACGCGGGAUGUUAUCACAGUUCUGCUGUAAUAGCAUCAUGCACCCUAAUGAAGGCAAACACUGGGAUAGACGUUUGCAGAGUAGAUUUCAGUGACCCUCAAGGAGGCAAGGGGGCUUGUGACCGAAAAGCCGCGACUAUCAAGGCCCAUGUCCGCAGGUAUGUAAAUGAGGGCCACGACGUGCAAAAUGCUGAACAGCUUCAAACAGCUAUCCUGUCUAAUGGUGGUGUCACCGGGGUUCGCGUUACUGUUGUUAAUGCUGCCGUUUCUGCCUGUGAACUGCCUCAAGUCAAACUUGAUGGUAUCAGCACGUUAAACAACUUUGAGUACUGCAAAGACAAGUUGACAGUUUGGAGAGCUUUCAACGUCGGAAAUGGAAGGGAGAUCAGCCAAACGAAAGUUCAAGGUAAAAAAAAAUACGGGCAUAGUGAUAUAUAAAUGUACUGUAUUGGAGUGUUGCAAAUACUCACUGACUUAGUCAGCUAAUAAUUACGGAUAACAGGCAAUAUUAACAGAGUAUAAGAGAGUCUAUACUAAUGGCUACUAUAGACAACUCAGUCAGUUGUGUACAUGAUAAAUUAACAAACCUUUAAAAGACGCGAAAAACGUUUCAUCUGAAAUUAAAAAAGACUUGCUUUUUUAGUUGCUGAUGUCUUGCAAAGCUGCAAAUUUACUUGCCGAUUUUCCCCUGGUGACUUUGUAAAAGCAUCCAAGGAAGCCUCAAAGAAGCCAAGACCCAAUGAAGCGAUGACAGUAGAAGAAACGAAAGACGCUUCUGUCUUGUUCUCCUGCCCAAAUGAAGGUUGCAUCAAGGUAUACGAGAGAUACUCGAGUCUCGAAAGGCAUAUGUCGUUUGGCAAAUGUGAGUUGAUUCCGGAGAAAGAGACUUUGCUGGACAGGGCUAAAUUAACGUACCACGCUAUCCUUCAGGACGAUAUUGGCAUUGCAAAAGUAUUUGAAGGAAGGGAAACGGAGAAGAAGCACGGUGUCAGUUUACCUGAGGGUUGGGCGUUGAAAACUGCAAAGAAGUCGUCACGGUUUAACGAAUCACAAAGAAAGUACCUGGAGGAAAAAUUUGAGCUUGGACAGCAAACAGGCCACAAACAAAACCCUGAGAAAGUGGCGAGAGAUAUGCGUUUUGCAAAAAAAGCAGAUGGUUCGAGGUUGUUCUCGAGUGAUGAGUUUCUUACCUCGCAGCAGAUACAGUCUUUCUUUUCAAGAUUAUCGUGCAAGUUGCGUCACGCUGUAGAGGUUAGCGAAUCAGAUUUACAAGCUUCUCAGGAUGAACAAGAGUUUUGCGACACCCGCCAGGCUGUGUUAGAGGAAGUACAGCUACAACAUCCCCUCGCUUAUGACAACCUAAACCUUUGCGAAUUGACCAAGAAAGGUAACACGAAAACACUCAGCAUUGCAAUGCUGAAGAACAUAUGCGAGUAUUUUGAUAUCUGCACGGAAGAAUUUAACCCAAGGCGCAAGGCAGAGUACCUUGCCGCGUUAGGGGAUCUUGUAAAAGGGUGCGGCUGUAACACCUAA